AUGCGGAUAGUCGGUUUAAUUGUAUUUGCACAAGUAAUCAUUGCAGAAUUGCUAAUUGAUGAUACACGGAUCUAUACAAAUCCUCCAAAUGCAGGCUUUGAAGUAUAUGAAACCUGUCAUAUUACCGACACAGGAAGUUUACAGCUUCAAGAUAUGGAAUUUAUCAAAAUAAUUGGUGAUUUCGCCAAUUAUGGUGAAUUUUUAGUGAACGCAUAUGGGUUAAGAGAACAUUUAUACAUAGAGUUUGGGGAUACUUCCCAUUCUUUCUUGAAUAUGGGAGACUUCAAUAUUAGGAUUAGUGGUUAUAUUUCAUCAUAUCUUGAUGUAUCGUUGAAUAGUUUUAUUAAUUAUGGAACAUUAUCGUUAGAAUUUAGUUCGCCCGGAGGUGACACAGGGUAUUAUUUCUCUUCUAAUACUUUCGUGAAUGAGGGCAUCAUCGACAUAACCAGUCCAGGAUCACAAGGGAUAUCUGUAUUUGGGACAUCAAGCAUAACGAACAACGGCAUAAUUAGGUUAAGCAAUCAAAGGUACAUGCAACUGUCAGGACCAAUCAUUGGGGAUGGAUGUGUGAUAAUUGGGGGCGAUGCUCUUGUGAUACUCAAUUCCCGGUAUUCAUGUAAUCAAACUUUUGUGAUGAAUAAUGGAUUUAUUUUAUUUUGCAUGCGAAGUCAUUCCAACGUGUACAAAGUAAUGAAUUUUGAUGGACGGAGCCAAUUUAGAGUCGAUGGUGGUAUAAAUAAUUUUGUGUAUGAUGUCAAUCAAGGUAUUUUGAUGUUAGAAGGUUUUGGUGGUGAUUACCACAUUAUUAUUGGAACAGGAUAUGAUCCAACAUUAUUUGAGGUAAUGCUAGAUGGAGGUGCUAUCUGGUAUAAUGGAGUAGCUCCAGAGUAUAGCUUUGAAAAUUGCAAAGAUUUUCCAUUUGAUGAUAUUGAAACAGAAUCAACUACUGCUGGUGAGAACCUGGAAACCAGCGGAGUAGAUGAAUCUACCACUACAGAAGAAAUCACCACCAGUGCUUCAAAAGAAGUAGAUACUACUUCGGAAAUUCAAGAUGAAGAGACUAGCGAGGAUGAAGUUUCCUCGCACGAAAAUGUGGAUACUACUACAGAUAUUGAUGAUGCCGAAACCAGUGAACCAUAUAAUGAUACCACCACUCAUACAACUAGAAAUAGCGAGGCUGCCACUCAUACGGAAGAUGAAUUAUCAGUAACAGAUAAUCAAUUUGUAUCUACCACCACAGGAGUUCUGACCCUGUACACUACUCAGAUUUGUGAUAAAUAUGGGAAAACAGUAGACUGUUUAUUGAUGGUCGUUACAAAUUCCGAAGGAGUAUGGUGUACUCUGACAAUUAUUAUUGGUAAUAUAGACAUUGCUAAAACAACGUCAACCUCAAAACGGACUAAUAUUGGAUUGUAUACUACUCCCGAUUCCAACCUCAAGAUUUCACUGUAUACAAGGACUCAGACGCAGGAAGAAAUUCCUAAAAUAUAUGUUGAAUAUUCAAAUGAAUCUAACUUGAUCACGUUUAAAAUCACCUUUAUUCUACUUGCAACACUUGCAAUUGUUUUGAUGAGUUGAAGCUGGUGUUAAUGCAAACAAUCUUUAUGAUAAACAUUUUUCGUUUUUAUUUUUGGAAUUUCAUACUCAUUUAGUCUUAUGUUUCUAUAUUAUAAAAGGAACACGGUUUCCUUUGCUAUGGUAUAACUUUAACAUUUAUUAUUAUACAGUUUUGUACGUUAAUAUAAACUGUUUUGUAUAAGGGGAACUAAUAAGGAAUGAAACUCGCAAUUUAGUUGUAAACCCUCAUACAAAAUUGACCUGAUUUUACCGUUUGGAAAAGACACAUUUUACAGGUUGCACUUGUAACUUCUAAAGUAUUCCAGAAUCUUUUUUCGGGUGGUGGCAGUGAUUCUGUCGUAUUUUGGUAGAAUGGACCCGCCG